GAGGGGACUAGGGCUCAUUGCGGUGCGCGCCCAGUGCUGGGUCCCUCACUCGCCGUAGACGGCCUGCCUCGCCUCGAGCUCUCUCGCCGCCGCCCCGCAGAAAUGCUUCGACUACCCACAGUCCUUCGCCAGAUGAGACCAGUGUCCCGGGCACUGGCUCCUCAUCUCACUCGGGCCUAUGCCAAAGAUGUAAAAUUUGGUGCAGAUGCUCGAGCCUUAAUGCUUCAAGGUGUAGACCUUUUAGCCGAUGCUGUAGCUGUUACAAUGGGGCCAAAGGGAAGAACAGUGAUUAUUGAACAGAGUUGGGGAAGUCCCAAAGUAACAAAAGAUGGGGUCACUGUUGCAAAGUCAAUUGAUUUAAAGGAUAAAUACAAAAAUAUUGGAGCUAAACUCGUUCAGGAUGUUGCCAAUAACACAAACGAAGAGGCUGGGGAUGGCACCACCACUGCCACUGUUCUGGCACGGUCUAUUGCCAAGGAGGGCUUUGAGAAGAUCAGCAAAGGGGCUAAUCCAGUGGAAAUCCGGAGAG